UUAAAAGUUUGGAUGGCGCGUAGGAAUUCUUGUGUCAUACAUCAGCCAUCUUGUCUUCCACUAAACAAAGCAGUGGUAACAGAUCGCAGCGUACCACGGUUGGUAGUGUAUGCGUGCGCGACAUUUGUGAUACUCAAUGUGUUAUUUUUAGCUUAAAAUUAAACAAAUUAACAGAAAGAUGUGCUGUACUUAGUGUGUGAAUUUUAUUUUGUGUGAAAAGUGUCAUUUGUGUACCCCCAUGAGGGUUGUUUUACUAAAAUGCGGAUUACUAAUACGAGAAAGGAUUAUUUUUGGAUUAUAGCAUCUUCCAUACUCUUGUUUCUUAGCGUGAUUCAAGAAGCAACAGGUUUCACGUCUUGCUCCCCGAAUCCUUGCAAGAACCAGGGAGUUUGCGUGUCAUCACCUAAAUCUGAUUCCUUUUGCAAUUGCACUUCCAAAUACGUCGGUGAAUACUGCCAACAUCUGAAUCCGUGUCAUACCGGUCCCGGUCCGCGUUGCCAAAACGGCGGUUCGUGUCAAGUGCGAGUGUUACCCGGCGGUCCUCCGAAAUUCAUAUGCGUGUGUCCUUUGGGGUUUAGCGCGUCUCUCUGUGAAAUUCCGAUCGCAAACUCGUGCGACUCAAAACCAUGCUUAAACGGCGGUACUUGCUCUCUAAAAUCGUUGGAUACUUAUCAGUGUUCAUGCGCGCAGGGAUAUACAGGAAAACAUUGCGAAAGCAAAGAUCACUGUGCUUCACAGCCCUGUCGGAACGGUGCAGAGUGUACGUCAGUCGGUGAUUCCUACAAAUGCAGGUGCGCCCCGGGUUUUACGGGGUCCUCCUGCACGGACGAUAAGGAUGAAUGCAAACAAAUGCCAUGUAAACACGGGAAGUGCCUCAAUACCCAUGGAAGUUACACAUGCUCAUGCGACGAGGGAUUCACCGGACGAGAUUGCGAAAGCGAAUAUAUUCCAUGUAAUCCUAGCCCUUGCCAAAACGGGGGCAUGUGUCGGCAGAGAGAUAAGCAUACCUACAGCUGCGAUUGUCCAACCGGUUUCCGAGGCCAAAACUGCGAGGAAAACGUCGACGACUGUCCCGGCAAUCAGUGUCAAAACGGUGCGACGUGCCUGGACAGAAUCAACAGCUAUCAGUGCCAGUGCCCAUCAACUUACACGGGACGUUACUGUGAACACGACGUCGACGAGUGCUCGCUAAGGCCGUCGGUGUGCCAAAACGGUGCUACGUGUACGAAUAGUGUGGGAGGUUUUUCGUGUAUAUGCGUUAACGGAUGGACGGGACCCGAUUGUUCUGUAAAUAUUGACGAUUGUGCGGGCGCCGCAUGUUUUAAUGGGGCUACCUGCAUCGAUAGAGUUGGAAGCUUUUACUGCCGUUGUACUCCUGGAAAGACUGGUUUAUUAUGUCACUUGGACGAUGCCUGUACAAGCAAUCCAUGCCACUUGGACGCUAUUUGUGAUACAAGCCCUAUUAAUGGUUCCUAUACAUGCAGUUGUGCUUCCGGUUACAAAGGGGUCGAUUGCUCAGAAGAUAUUGACGAAUGCGAACAAGGAUCGCCUUGUGAGCACGAUGGUACCUGCGUCAAUACACCUGGUAGUUUUGCAUGCAAUUGCACACGAGGUUUUACCGGGCCACGCUGCGAGACAAACGUAAAUGAAUGCGAAUCUCAUCCUUGCCACAAUGACGGGUCUUGCCUGGACGAUCCCGGUACAUUCAGAUGCGUGUGCAUGCCCGGCUUCACCGGCACUCAAUGCGAGAUAGACAUUGACGAAUGUAAAGAUAGGCCAUGCUUAAACGGAGGUACCUGCCACGAUCUCAUCAACUCUUUCAAAUGUACGUGUGCUAUCGGAUUUGCUGGUGCUCGCUGCCAAGUGAACAUAGACGAUUGCAUUUCGAACCCAUGUCGCAACGGUGGCAUUUGUCACGAUUCUAUUGCCGGAUAUACCUGCGAAUGUCCUCCCGGUUUUACAGGCGCAUCAUGCGAAAUAAAUAUCAACGACUGUGCAUCAUCUCCUUGUCACCAUGGGGAAUGUCUCGAUGGCGAAAACACCUUUACUUGCACCUGUCAUCCGGGAUAUACGGGAUUUUUGUGUCAAUCUCAGAUCAAUGAGUGCGAGUCGAAUCCAUGUCAGUUUGGAGGAAUCUGCCAAGAUUUAGUCAACGGUUAUCAAUGUCUUUGCAAAGCCGGAACUUCGGGCCUAAAUUGCGAAAUUAACGUUAAUGAGUGUUACAGCAAUCCUUGUAGAAACAAUGCGCGAUGCAUCGAUGGGAUCAACAGAUACACCUGCGAAUGUAUACCCGGCUUCACAGGACAACAUUGCGAAACAGAUAUAAAUGAGUGCGCUUCAAAUCCUUGCGCCAACGGUGGCGUAUGCAUUGAUUUAAUUAAUGGCUUUCGUUGUGAGUGUCCACGCGGUUACUACGAUGCAAGAUGCCUAAGUGAUGUCGACGAGUGUAAAUCGAAUCCUUGUAAGCACGGAGGAAGUUGUGAGGACGGGGUCAAUCAGUUUAUAUGUCAUUGUUUAGCGGGUUAUGGAGGCAAACAAUGUGAAAAUGAUAUUGAUGAGUGUGCCUCGAACCCUUGUCAGCACGGAGGAGUUUGUCACGAUCAUCUGGCGUCGUACACAUGCGAAUGUCUGGCCGGCUACAGUGGGGUCAACUGUGAGACAAAUAUCGACGAUUGCGCUAUUAACCCAUGUAAAAAUGGAGGAUCGUGUAUUGAUCAAGUGAACGAUUAUAAAUGUGCCUGCGAACUUCCAUACACUGGUCGAAAUUGUCAUGAAAAGUUAGAUCCCUGCUCUCCUAAUCGAUGCAGACACAAUGCGCGGUGCACUCCCAGUUCUAAUUACUUGGAUUUUGCCUGUUCCUGCAGUGUUGGAUAUACUGGUCGACUUUGUGAACAAGACGUCGAUGAAUGUGAAGUUUCGCAACCAUGCAGAAACGGAGCCACUUGUCGUAACACCAAUGGAUCAUACCAGUGCAUAUGUGCGAGAGGCUAUGAAGGGCGUGAUUGUACCGUAAAUACUGAUGAUUGUGCUUCAUAUCCUUGUCAAAAUGGUGGUACCUGUUUGGACGAUAUCGGUGAUUACAUGUGCUUGUGUGUUAAUGGUUUCGAAGGUAAACACUGCGAUGUCGAUAUUGACGAAUGUCUCUCAAAUCCUUGCCUAAAUGGCGCCACAUGUAAUCAGUAUGUCGAUUCCUACACGUGCACCUGUCCUCUCGGAUUCUCUGGAAUCAAUUGCCAAACCAAUGACGAAGACUGUACGGAAAGUAGUUGUAUGAAUGGUGGAACUUGUAAUGAUGGGAUCAACUCGUACACUUGCACCUGCAAACCUGGCUACACCGGUUCAAAUUGUCAAAAUCGCAUUAACUUGUGCGACAGCUCUCCAUGUCUUAACGGCGCCAACUGUCAGGAUCAUAUCUCCCAUUACACUUGCCACUGUCCCUAUGGCUAUGCGGGAAAGGAUUGCGCCGAAUACGUCGACUGGUGCAUAACGAAUCCUUGCGAAAAUGGAGCUACCUGCAGGCAAAUCAAAAAUCAAUAUCAGUGCCUUUGCGCGCCCGGUUGGACCGGGAAGGUGUGCGAUGUCGAAAUGGUCAGCUGUAAAGAUGCGGCGUUACGAAAAGGUGUUGCUCCCAAAUUACUUUGUAACAAUGGCACUUGCGAAGACAUUGGUAAUUCUCAUCGUUGCCACUGCCUCGAGGGUUACGCCGGGUCGUACUGUCAAAAAGAAAUAAACGAAUGCGAAUCUGCUCCUUGUCAAAAUGGCGCGACUUGUAAAGAUCUAAUCGGCGCAUACGCGUGCCACUGCACCAAGGGUUUUCAAGGUCAAAAUUGUGAGUUGAACGUUGACGAUUGUAAGCCGAAUCCUUGCCAGAAUGGGGGAACCUGUCACGAUUUGGUCGACAGUUUCCAAUGUUCCUGCCCGCCUGGAACUUUGGGUUACAUUUGUGAAAUCAAUAUUGACGAUUGCCGACCGGGUGCUUGCCACAAUAACGGCACUUGCAUGGAUAGAGUUGGAGGAUUCGAGUGUAAGUGUCCGGCCGGAUUUGUCGGUCCUAGGUGUGAAGGUGACAUUAACGAGUGCCUAUCCAACCCUUGCGCUACACCCGGAACUUUGGAUUGUGUACAACUCAUCAAUGAUUAUCACUGCAACUGUAAAGCUGGAUACAUGGGAAGGCAUUGCGAGGUGAAGGUUAAUUUUUGCGCAAACUCUCCAUGUCAAAAUGGUGGUGUUUGCACGGCGGUACACGCACGACAUCGAUGUACGUGCCCGGAUGGUUUCUACGGUAAAAAUUGCGAGUUUAGUGGUUACGAUUGUGAUUCAGACCCUUGUCAGAAUGGCGGACUGUGUCGAAUUUCGGAUGGUGGGGGUUAUGUUUGUGAAUGUCUCGAAGGAACCACCGGUACAAAUUGUGAAAUUGAUUCUUUGAACGAAUGUAAUAGCAAUCCCUGUCGACAUCCUGACGCAAUUUGCCAGGAUAAGUUAGGCGACUACGCAUGUUACUGCCCGCCGAAACAUACAGGCAAGAAUUGCGAAAUUUACGAUCGUAAUUCCCCAGGAGGUUUGGGAACCAUUGUCGUUUCGCGAAAGGAUGUCAAUACAUUUUAUGCGAAAGAUUUGGAAUUGCAAAGAAAACAAUGUGUGAAGAACAACUGCUCGUCAAAGCGAGGUAAUUUCAGAUGUGACGAAGAAUGUAACACGUAUGCUUGUGAUUUUGAUGGGAACGACUGUUCGUUGGGUAUAAAUCCGUGGGUAAAUUGCACUGCACCAAUUAAAUGCUGGGAGGUUUUUAUGGACGGGAAUUGUGAUAAGGAGUGCAACAACCCACAGUGUUUAUUUGACGGGCGCGAUUGCGAAAAAUCACUGCAACCUUGUAAUCCAGUUUACGACGCCUAUUGUCAAAAACAUUACGCAAACGGCCACUGCGAUUACGGGUGUAAUAACGCUGAAUGUAAUUGGGACGGAUUAGAUUGUGAUCGAAAACCACCAGAAAUAGCUGAGGGAAUUAUCGUUAUGAUUGUGCUAAUGGAUAUGCAGGCAUUCAAACAGAAUUUGGUCGCUUUCUUGAGGGACACCAGUUAUCAGUUACGGACGACGGUGCGAGUGAAAAAAGAUCAGCUUGGAAAUGACAUGAUUUAUCCCUGGACGGGAACGUCGACAACAAAUCUUCAAGAUACUUAUUAUGGCCAAAAACACAGUGUGAUAUUUUCAGAACAGUACGGAAAUGCUGGGGUUAAAGUUUACUUGGAAAUCGACAACCGAAAAUGUACCUCUUUAUCUGAUUCAGAUUACUGCUUCCAAUCUGCAAAUGCAGCUGCCGAGUUUCUGGCGGCUAAAGCUUCUAGACACACACUUUCCCAGUCAUUCCCAAUCUAUAAAGUCACUGGUGUUAAUGCUCCUAUAGAAGAUGGUGGAGAAACUCCCACGAACGCCAAGUAUGUGAUAAUAGGAAUUUUGCUAAUGUUCUUAGUGGGCGCGGUCAUUGGAGUUAUUGUCACCACUCAAAGAAAACGCGCAUCUGGAAUUACAUGGUUUCCAGAAGGCUUCCUCAGAACUAACUCCGGGACAAGACGAAGGUCGCGUCGCCGAGGACCAGAUGGUCAAGAAAUGCGCGAUCUGAAUAAAAACCCAUCCAUAGCAUGUAUGGAUCUUGACUUAAAUUCGCACGGCGGACAUAUGGGACAUGCCCAACAGUGGUCGGAUGAUGAAUCUGAUAUGCACCAACCGAAACGCAUGCGCGUGUUAGAAGCAGGAUACGCGAGCGAUCAUACUGCAAUUACCGACUAUGAGGAGGCGGAGCCACGAACUUGGGGCCAGCAGCAUUUGGAGGCGGCCGAUCUAAGACCCCCAGCUUCUAUGCUAACACCUCCUCAAAAUACCGACAUUAGCGACAUAAACGCCAGAGGUCCUUGUGGAAUGACGCCAAUUAUGGUGGCAGCUGUACGCGGUGGAGGUAUUGAUACUGGAGAAGACGAGGAAGAUGAUACAGCAGGAAACGUUAUACAAGAUCUUGUAGCUCAAGGCGCCGAGCUCAACGCCACCAUGGAUAAAACCGGCGAAACGUCCUUACAUUUGGCCGCACGAUACGCCAGAGCAGAUGCUGCAAAACGACUGUUGGACGCUGGUGCGGACGCGAAUGCUCAAGAUAACACUGGUCGUACCCCUCUACAUGCCGCGGUUGCCGCCGAUGCCGUUGGAGUUUUCCAAAUUCUCCUUCGGAAUCGAGCUACUAACCUUAAUGCACGCAUGCACGAAGGUACCACACCUCUAAUUCUUGCUGCCCGAUUAGCUAUAGAGGGUAUGGUACAAGAUCUAAUUAGCGCAGAAGCAGACAUAAAUGCCGCGGACAAUUCGGGUAAAACGGCGCUGCACUGGGCGGCCGCAGUAAACAAUGUAGAAGCGGUUAAUAUUCUUCUCGCACAUGGUGCUAAUAGGGACGCUCAAGACGAUAAGGACGAAACUCCACUCUUCUUAGCUGCCAGGGAAGGCUCUUACCAAGCGUGUAAAGCACUUUUGGAAGCAUACGCAAAUAGGGAAAUAACGGAUCAUAUGGAUAGAUUACCGAGAGAUGUCGCUAGUGAACGGUUGCAUCACGAUAUUGUUAGGCUUCUCGAGGAGCACAUUCCUAGAAGUCCCCAGAUGGUUAAUGUGGUUCAAAGCAAUUCGAUGCUAACAUCCUCAAAUGGACAGAUGAUUCAGCAGCCCACCGUUAUAGUUGCUAAAAGACAGAAAUCGAAGAGGCCAAGUAAGAUGGGUCACAAUGGACCUUUAGAUCCGGCAAGUCCAGAAAUAGAAGGUGCAAACACUGGAGGGAGUAUAAGACGUAAACCUAGUAUAAAGAAAUGUCAGAAAAAGGGCAUAAAUAGCGUAAACCACACUGAAAUUCCGCACAGCAUCGAUUCUGUCAAUUCCACACUUAGUCCUGUGGAAUCACCCAUGACCAAUAAUUCGCUGCCCAGCCCUUACGAUACGGGUUCGAUUUAUUCCAACAUGGGAAUGGCGUCUGCCUUAGAAGGAUUAAUAAGUAAUAAACAACCACCAAGUUAUGAAGAUGUCAUAAAAACCAAUCAGUCCAUUCAUAAUCUUCUAAACUUGGAAAAUUAUGGGCCUUUCACACUAUCAAAUUUCCAAGAUCAGCUAAUCUUACAAAGGCAGUUACAACCAAAUACGCUUAGUCCUCCUUACUCCAACCAAUCGCCACCCCAUUCGGUUCAAUCAAACAUGUCAUUGUCACCUCAAGCAUAUAACGGAUCUCCUUCGCCUGCAAAAUCGCGUCCGUCUUUACCGACAAGCCCGACCCACAUAGCUGCAAUGAGAGCCGCCACCCAGCAAAAGCACGGCGGAGUGCCACAAACUCAAAAUCUCCCGAUGGGUUUCGAUUUUAGCCAAGCGGGACUCGAGUUAUCCCUAGCGUACACGUCCGCGCAGCCGCACAGCGUCACGCCGCCCACGUUGCAUCCGCAGCAGUUUCAACAGAAUUACUUUCUAACGCCUCCAUCUCAACAUUCCGAUAUUACUCCGCAGCAUUUAGGACCGGACAACUUCCCCACGCCCAGUCCGGAAAGUCCGGGCCACUGGUCGUCGAGCUCUCCCCACUCGUGUGUAUCCGAUUGGUCGGAAAAUAUCACCAGCCCGAAUACAUACCACACCUCCGGACAUCAGACAAAUAAAGGUGUCGACGCCGUUUAUAUUUGAGAGUCGAGGACACUAAAGUCCUGUUUAGGUUAAGCUAUUCCCCUAACAUGACAUAUUCUAAGAUCUCAUUUGCAUUUCGAAAAUAGUAUAUCGGAAAAACUGUCGAAUGGCGGCAAAUGUACCGUGUACAUUUGCGUAGUAGAAUAUGUUUGGUAAUGGCAAUAUUAACCUUAACCAGAAUGACGCCAAUGUUUUAAAUAAAAAUUUAUUUGUAACUUAUCACGUGCCUUGACACUUGUUAAAAAUGUUGUAAUUUUAAUGUAAUAUGUAUUUACAAAAUGCCCUGUAAAUAGUUAUUUUAAUAUUGUUAGCUAUAUCUCUUUUUAAUGCAAGAUACUGGUUUUAUAUAGUUAAGAGGUAGAAUACACUAUCGCCAAAAUUUCAAAAAUCAACUACAAAAGUGUCUUACAUGUCUGUGAUUUUUAAGUAAUUUAUGUUUUUAACAUCCUUGCUAAAGGUAACAGUAGCUUUAUAAGUUUUAAUUUAAAUAGCCACUGUCUUGUAGGUGGCCACUGAUAAGGUUAAAGGUGGUGGUAUCUGGUAUUCUAAAUUUUAUGCUAAAGAUUUAUCACAAACAGACAGUUAUAUAACUGAAUGUUAAAAAUUAGGAAUUUAAAAUAUCGUUUGAGAAAUUGUGUUAAAUUAAAAUGUCUUUGGCAGAAUACCACCACCUUUAACCUUAUCCGUGUGACCGCCUACAAGAAAGUAGACAUAUACAAGUAGAUUUUCAUUAUUGUACAUUCACAAAAAUCAUUUGAAAAAUUUUAGUACGUUUU